UUUAUGUCGAUAGGAAUUCUUAUCAAACGAUUUAGAGGUUAUUUAUUGAUGUAACUUAUACAUUCGGUGAUUUAUGUUCAAUUUUUGAAUUAUACCUAUGUGAGUGUGAUUGAAAGUACUUAAUGCAGCAGUGUGCAAAUUUUUGGAUUUCAAUAGCUUCAAGUGGUCAAACAUCAUGCUGGCGUUAGUGACAGCCCUGUCACUGCUUCUCACCUCCAUUUACCUCGUCCACGUCUGGUUAAAACGGAAAUACUCCUUCUGGAAGGACAGAGAUGUGCUAACACCACCGGUACAAUUCGGAUGGGGCAACUACCGGGAGUCCAUACUGCAAGAAAAAAGUUUCGGCGAAGCUCUACACGAGUUCUACCGUUUCUUCAAGUCCCAUGGGGUACCACACGGGGGACUGUACACCUUCACCUCCCCCGUCUACAUGCCGGUGGACAUAACCAUCGUCAAGGCCAUACUACAAAACGACUUCGAUCACUUCGUCGAUCGUGGUUUUUACGUGAACCAACGGGACGAUCCAUUGAGCGCCAACCUGUUCACGCUGGAGGAACAGAAAUGGAGGCCUUUGAGGUCCAAGUUCACACCAGCCUUCAGCACGGCAAAACUGAAGAUGAUGUACGAAACGCUGUUCAAGUGCACUGGGGAUUUGGAAGAGGCUCUGGAGGAGUUUGAAGGCAAGCAUCUGGACAUAAAGGAACUGAUAGGGAGGUUCACCAUCAACGUCAUUGGAAGUUGCGCCUUUGGCGUCGAGUGCAACUGUCUCAAAGAACCAAACAACGAAUUUCGCUUGAAUGGUUCUUCCUUCUUCGAGAGGACAACCUUCGAGAAUUUCAAGAUUUUUUUGGCGGACGUAGCCCCCGGCCUAAUGAAAAAACUCCACGUCAGCGUGAGCAGACCCAGCACCAUCGAAUUCUUCAAGCGUUUAACGCAGGAAACCAUGGAGUACAGAGAGAGGAACAACGUGAUACGUAAGGAUUUCAUGCAUCUGUUGAUACAGCUGAAGAACAGCGGAAUACUGGUAGAUACGGAAGACGUGGGUGACAUAGAGAAACGCGAGAGCGGAGAGAAGGUUUCCCUGGAAGAUCUGGUGGGUCAGGCGUACGUCUUUUUCAUAGCCGGCUACGAGACGCCGUCCAACACCAUAAGCUACACUCUCUACUUCUUGGCUGUGUUCAAGGAAAUGCAGGAGAAGUGUAGGAAAGAGGUGGAGGAUUGUUUGGCUAGGCAUGGUGGUCAGUUGUCCUACGAAGCCGUUUCGGAGAUGCAUUACGUGGACAGUGUCAUCAAUGAAAGUAUGAGGUUUUACCCUCCAGUUCAUGUCUUGAACAGGGUAUGUACAAAGGACUAUCAGGUGCCUGGAACAGACUUGCUGUUGAAGAAGGGACAAAAAGUGGUGAUACCAGUCUUAGGUAUCCAAAGAGACGAGGAACAUUAUCCUAAUCCUGAUACUUUCGAUCCGGACAGAUUCUCUGCUGAGAACUCGAAAUGGAGGAACCCUGCCACGUUCUUACCCUUCGGAUAUGGUCCAAAGAAUUGCAUAGGUCUACGUUUUGGGAUGGUUCAAGUCAAGACAGCAGUUAUAACCGUUAUCCGCCAUUAUGAAAUUUCCCUCAACGAAAGGACAAAGUACCCUAUGGAAUUCGACACAGGACAUCCCCUCACACUUUGCCCCAAAGGGGGGAUAUGGCUAAACAUGAAGAAAAUAGGGAAAUGAAUCUCUUUAGUGACAUUGCCUGAAAUAUAUGCCCAUAUGUAUGGUGUUUGGUCGAUUAGGUUUAAGUAAAGUGUUUUUAUAGGAA